GACGUUUGAAAUCUCAAGUCUUUGUUUCUUCCAGGCAACAAUUUCUCUCAAAGAUGGCGUUUUUUGGGCUCUCCCGUGUUUCAAGACGGUUGUUGAAAUCUUCCGUCUCCGUAACUCCAUCUUCUUCCUUUGCUGUUUUGCAAUCACAACAUAAAUCCUUGUCCAAUCCUGUUACUACCCAUUACACAAAUCCUUUUACUAAGUAUUAUCCUUCAUGGAAUGAUAACUAUCAAGUAUGGAGUAAAGGGAAGGAAUUGCAUCAGGAGAAGUUUCUUGGUGUUGGCUGGAAUUACAGAUUAGUUGGUGGAAUGUCGUCGUCUUCUUCGGUUAUGGAGGGAAAGCCUAAGAAAGAUGACAAGGAUAAGAGUGGUGUUAAGGAAGCUUCUUGGAUUGAUUUGUAUUUGCCUGAAGAAGUUAGAGGUUAUGCUAAGCUUGCUCGAUUGGAUAAACCCAUUGGAACUUGGUUGCUUGCUUGGCCCUGUAUGUGGUCGAUUGCGUUGGCUGCAGAUCCUGGAAGCCUUCCAAGUUUUAAAUAUAUGGCUUUAUUCGGUUGCGGAGCACUACUUCUUAGAGGUGCUGGCUGUACUAUUAAUGAUCUGCUUGAUCAGGACAUAGAUACAAAGGUUGAUCGUACAAGAUUAAGACCUAUCGCCAGUGGUCUUUUGACACCAUUUCAAGGGAUUGGAUUUCUUGGGAUACAGUUGCUUUUAGGCUUAGGGAUUCUUCUUCAACUUAACAAUUACAGCCGUGUUUUAGGGGCUUCAUCUUUGUUACUUGUCUUCUCCUACCCACUUAUGAAGAGGUUUACAUUUUGGCCUCAAGCCUUUUUAGGUUUGACCAUAAACUGGGGAGCAUUGUUAGGAUGGACCGCAGUUAAAGGAAGCAUAGAGCCAUCUGUUGUACUCCCUCUCUAUCUCUCUGGAGUUUGCUGGACCCUUGUUUAUGAUACUAUUUAUGCACAUCAGGACAAAGAAGAUGAUGUAAAAGUUGGUGUUAAGUCAACAGCUCUUAGAUUCGGUGAUAAUACAAAGCUUUGGUUAACUGGAUUUGGUACAGCAUCCAUGGGCUUUCUUGCACUUUCUGGACUCAGUGCAGAUCUCGGGUGGCAAUAUUACGCAUCACUGGCCGCCGCAUCAGGACAGCUAGGAUGGCAAAUAGGGACAGCUGACUUAUCAUCUGGUGCUGACUGCAGUAGAAAAUUUGUGUCAAACAAGUGGUUUGGUGCGAUUAUAUUCAGUGGAGUUGUACUUGGAAGAAGUUUUCAAUAAGACACUCUCUGUUAACGAAUGAGGAUGAAGCUAUAGAAUGAUGAACCUAUAUAUGAAGAAUUGAAGUAGACUAUAGAGACACUUGAAGUGAAACAGAGGACAUGGUCUUGCUACAAAGUGUGUCUACUUCAGGAUCGAAAAGCUCAAGGAGCCACUGUCAGAGAAGCUGAAACUUUACUCUUUUAGAUUAGAUAGAUACUGGUUGUGGUAAAAAGGAGCUGUUGUUGUUUGGGAUUCAAAAGUGUUGAUAAAGUAAUGAGAAAAAC